GAAAGUGGCAUAAAUGUUUCUGCUUAAAGAAAAGAACAAAUAGUAUAUUGUCAGAUGUAAGGUUUGCAGCUAAAACAAUUUAAGGGUGUCACUUAAAAGGAGUAACUGUGUCAGGUUUACUUCCAGGGUUGUACAUGCAUUUGUGAAAUCUGACCACCCCUGCUGCAAUUUUAGUAAAGGUUCGGCCCACAGGCUCUUGAUCUCGAAUAGUAAUGGAUUUUUCACGUUGGCGAGUUUCUAUGGUGUAGGGGGUGCCCUGGAAUCAGCAGCCAGUCUUUUAAGUGGAGGCACUGCACUAGAGGAGACACUGGAGAACAUGGGCUGUGCCCGGGCCUCAGGAGGGACUAACUAGCAAAGGAGGAUGCCGGAAAAAAAAAGGAGAGUGGGUAUCAGCCCAACCUAACCCCAGGGAGCUCAAAAAAAAACUGAGUAGAUCUAGCAGAUCACAGGGAAGUCAGCGUGUUGUCAACAUCCUUGCAUUAUGGCUGAGGAGACGGAAAGCCAAGAUGCCAGCAUGAACCAAAGAUCAGCGGCCAAGAGGAAGUUUCUGUGGCGAGUCAGACAAAAAUGGAAACUGCUGGGUUUGUUUGAGAUUGAUCGAGAUCAUGAAUUUUACGGGUUUACCUGUAUGCUGAAGGAAGGGCUGACAUCGGCUGUCCAAGUCUCCAUCGACAAUCCACAUAUGGGCAUACUCAGUGACCCGGACUUCGGAGCUGUACUGACCCAAAUACACAAGGGUUUUGAGAUGAGGACGUUUGCAGGACCUGUAUUUGCAAAGUUCCGGUCCAUGCUGGGCAUGAGCGAGAAGGAAUACCAGCAGUCCCUCAGCUCUGAAGGAUUCUACCUUCAGUUCAUCAGCAACUCCAAGAGCAAGGCCAACUUCUUCCUGACGAACGACAAGAGGAUUUUCCUGAAAACUCAGGAGAAGCGAGAGAUAAAGUUUCUGCUAUCGAACCUGCGGUCCUACAUUCAGCACAUGGAGAAAUACCCACACUCAUUGCUUGUCAAGUUUCUGGGUGUUCACAGUAUCAAGAUUGCCCGUGGGCAGAAGAAGUACUUCAUCAUAAUGCAGAGUGUCUUUUACCCUGACGAGAGAAUUGUUGCCAGGUAUGACAUCAAGGGUUGUCAGGUAAGUCGAUGGACCGAACCUGCUCCUGAGGGGAGCAAUGUCAUCGUGGUGCUCAAAGACUUAAAUUUCGAGGGAAACACCAUCAGCCUGGAUCAGCAGCGGUCCUGGCUGGUUCGGCAGAUGAACGUUGACACGGAGUAUCUGAGAAGCCUCAACGUCCUGGACUACAGCCUCCUGGUAGCCCACCAGCCCCUGCAUCUCGAUGAGCGUCGCCAAAGCUGGUCCUUUGCAAACAUCAUUCUCCGCACUAAGAAGUCCAUGGUAAGUGGAGCUAGCCCCACAGCCUCGGUGGGUAGUCCGGUGCCAGGGCUGGUGGAAGAGGAUACGGCAGUGCUGGUAGCUGAGACAGUGAGUGGCACAGACGAGUGCCAUGUCAAGGAGAUCCCCGGGCCCACCGCGACCGCGGGGCCUGACAGCACCGGCAGCUCGGAGCUCGACAAAGCAGACCCGGCCACCCAGAACCGCCGGCUUCUGCCCAACUUCCGGAACUCUCUGCACGUCAUCGACGGGGCGCAGUCCCGCUACUUUGUGGGCAUCAUCGACAUCUUCACCGUGUACGGCUUCCGCAAGAAGCUGGAACACCUGUGGAAGUCCAUCCGGUACCGCGGUCAAUCCUUCUCCACCGUCAGCCCUGACCAAUACGCAAAGCGACUGUGCCAGUGGGUAGAGGACCACACAGUGUAGGGUGCCAGAUCUGGUGGGGAGGGGUUGGGCGAGACGGGCUGACGGGGAGGACCAUCUGGAGACAGCUGGGAUUUUCAGACGAGGAGAGAGCCAGGGGAGGGUGGGGGCUCUCUCCACUCCCCCCGCACCCAACCCCGGUCCCGUGACCGUGUGCAGUCAGUGUCUUGACAGAAGGUGCUGGAAUUGGGGAUGGGUUAUCGGGAGGGGAGGCACUACACUGGGCAGUGUACGGCUGGGUCCCACGGCCGAGGGGACACUGGUCUGGAGCUGAGAUAGCAGCAGACAUAGGCUCCAUCCAUCACUCGCUCACAAACCCUGGCACUAGCGCUGGCGUUUGGAGAUGUCUGCAGCCCUCAGGAGUGCAUGGGGAAGCUGCCUGACCUUUGCAUGAUCCCUCUGUCUACCCUCAUCACUGUGGGGUGGGGGGGGGGGGUGCGCUGCUGAGCAUUACUGUUGAGUUCUAGGCCAAGUAUAAAGUACAUACCUAAUCACUGCUCCGUAACAUGUAUAAACAAUGGUUUUGUUUUCAUUGCUGUAUAUAAUCAGAAAAACCACAUCCAGCUGAGUUACCCUCGUCAGCUCUCUCUUCCCCCAAAUCUCUCCACGUCUGGGUCAAGAGCAUUAUCCAGCCUGUCAAAAGGUGAACCUGUCCAUGCUUCCGGCACAUCAACUCAUGGGGGCGGGUUGGGGAGAAAGGAAUUCCUCCACAAGGGGGCAACUCAGAGGGUGGCAUGGUGGUAAUGACCCCUACCUCUGAGCCAGGAGGUUGAAGUCCCACUUGCUCCAGAGACAUGUGGCAACGUCUCGGAGCAGAUUGGUUCAGAAGAUUUCAAAGAAAGAUCUCAGCCGCUUCAUUGAUGCUGUGAGUAACUGUUUAACCAAGGCUGAGUUAGUGAAACUAAUCCUACCCCCGGGCUCAGAGUAACUGUUUAACCAGGGCUGAGUUAGUGAAACUAAUCCUACCCCCCGGGCUGAGAAUAACUGUUUAACCAGGACUGAGUUAGUGAAACUAAUCUUACCCCCGGGCUCAGAGUAACUGUUUAACCAGGGCUGAGUUAGUGAAACUAAUCUUACCCCCGGGCUGAGAGUAACUGUUUAACUAGGACUGAUUUAGUGAAACUAAUCUUACCCCCGGGCUGAGAAUAACUGUUUAACCAGGACUGAGUUAGUGAAACUAAUCCUACCCCCGGGCUGAGAGUAACUGUUUAACUAGGACUGAGUUAGUGAAACUAAUCUUGCCCCCCGGGCUGAGAGUAACUGAUUAACCAGGACUGAGUUAGUGAAACCAAUCCUACUCCCGGGCUGUGAGUAACAGUUUAACCAGGGCUGAGUUAGUGAAACCAAUCCUAUCCCCAGGCUGUGAGUAACAGUUUAACCAGGCUGAGUUAGUGAAACCAAUCCUACCCCUGGGCUGUGGGUAAUGAUUUAACCAGGGCUGAGUUAGUGAAACCAAUCCUACCCCCAGGCUGUGUGUAAUGAUUUAACCAGGGCUGAGUUAGUGUAACCAAUCCUAUCCCCGGGCUGUGAGUAACAGUUUAACCAGGGCUGAGUUAGUGAAACCAAUCCUAUCCCCGGACUGUGAGUAACAGUUUAACCAGGGCUGAGUUAGUGAAACUGAACCCACUUCAUGGGUAAGUGAGGGAAUGGAAUCUGGUUUGAGGGUUUUUCAUUUGGACAGUUAAUUGUAAACCUCAUUGAUAGACAUGCCUGUGUCACAUGAUGCCAAAGUGACAAUGAUUGCCUCUUUAUAUUGCAGUCCUCAUUCACCACGGUAACCAGUACAGACAUUGAACCUGGCUUGGACUCUCUGCUUUAACACUUAAACAUACCAACCUGCAUCCAUACCAGUCGGCAGGACAGAAAACGAGGUGCCUCUCUGUGUAGGUAGAGUUUAUUAACUACUCAGUCUUACAGCUCUUUGUACACCCCAGUCCCUGUAACAAGCAGAGGCAGGAGGGAGGUAUUUUACAAACCAAUUGAUGAUGAUCUGGAACGUGCUGCCUGGCAGGGCGGUGAGAGCAGCUUCAGAACAGGAGAAAUACUUGAAAAGGAAGUGACAGCAAGGCGAUGGGGGAAAGGGCAGACCAGCGGGAAUAAUUGGAGAGCUCUUUCAAAAAGGUACCACAGAAACAUUGGGAUGAGUGGCCUCCUCCUGGGAUGGGAGAUUCUAAGGUUUUGGACAGUCUAGUUAAAAGAUAAACCACCUGAGUGGCAAUUGUCAGACCUAGUCAGGAGCUGUGAGGACUCGCUAAUGUUUACACUAGUAUUUGGGAGUUACUGCUUCAGUUGCAGGGUCCAUCGAAUAAACUGGGAUUAGAGAGAGACGGGGACAAUAAGAGGUUGCCCCGAGGGAGCAUUAGUAGUAUCUUUGGCUGGGAGUCAGUUUGGUUUGCACAGGAGGAGGCUGGAGGGAGUGGGUCACUCCCUCAGUCAAUGGGCUCCACGUGCCCCAUUAAACACUCACCGAUUGCUUUAAGUCUAACCCCACUCCUGGGAAGCCCAUUGGAUGUUCAUUUCAAUAAAACAUAAAACUGUGGGUGCUGGAGAUCUGGAACAAGAACAGAAACUGCUGGAGAAACUCAGCAGGUCCAGCAGCACUGUGGAGAGAGAAACAGAGUUAACAUUUCGAGCUCAGUGAACUGGUUCUGACGAAGACUCACCGGACUCAAAACAUUAACUCUGCUUUCUCUCCACAGGUGCUGCCAGACCUGCUGAGUUUCUCCAGCAAUGUUCAUUGGCGAUCAGGACUCUCCCACCAACUUGGCCAACUGAGAGAAGUCAGGCUGACCCUGUACAACGUUGUAGGCCACGAUUCGAGGGUUGUGUCCAGUUCUGGGUGGUGAUGUUUUGAGCAGAAUGGGAGUGUGCAGAGGGGUAUUCACCAGAAUGCUUCCCAGGGUGAGGAGAAGCUGGGUUUGUUCUCCCUGAAGUGAUUUAAUGGAGCUGGACAGAUGAAAGGUAAAGUCAGGGUAUCCUGCUGGAUCAUAGAGCUGCUCUCUAGAGAGAGAGACAGAGCUGACUGCUGAUGGUUUGACCUGAGCCACCCCACCUCAGGUGAGAGGAGAGUGUGAGAAGGAGAGUCCUUCAUGGUAACCUUAGACAAUGUUAGUGUCACUCUGUAUCACAAACCAGGCAGGACUGUGACAGAAUUAAAACAAGUUUGGCUAGGGGAACUGUCCCUGCUGUCAGAUAAUCCAUGAAAUCAGGUGUCAGGGUUUUUGGCAAGUAAUGAGGGGGAUGUGUGAGGAAGAGGGGCGCUAAUGAACUCACUACCUUCGAAUCUGGUGGAAAUGGAGAUGGUCAAAGAUUUAAACUGAUAUUAGAUCGACACUCGAGGGAAAUAAACUUGCAAGGCUAGUGGGAGAGAGUGGAGUGUAGGAUUGACUGGUUAUUACCCAGAGAGCUGGCAGGGCCUUGAUGGGCCAAAUGGCUUCCUUUAGUACUAUAACAACUCUAUGACUCUAUAGGGAGGCGCUGGAUACUGUCCCUUAUGACUUACAUUGCAAGCCCAUGGGACCACACAAAGCCCCAAUGGAUCAUACUGCACCAUGUUUACCUGAUCUGAUAGGAUUCCACAAUUUGUCACAACACUUGUACAAAACCACAUGACUUUGAAAUCCAUCCUCUUUAAAUCAUGUGACUUGUAAUAUACCUUCAUUCAACCAUAGAACAUGUAACAAUCCACAGGCCAAGUGUAGGGUCAGGUGCCAAUCUGGCUCAAACAGUAGCACUCUUCAUUGUGGCCGAGGGAAUUGUGGGUUCAGAAUUGUGAGGAUUUAGUGCAUUUGUAAAAUAUGAACGUGAACACUCAGGCAUCAUGUAUAAUGAAUUCACACUGUGCGAAUAACUGAUUUAAUAAAUUGUAUAGUAUUUGAAAAUGUAAAUGCAAAAUCUGGUGAAUUAAAUUGGUUUUUUUCC